AUGGAGAACCACAACCACCUCAAAAGACCAAAGCUAAGAUGGGACAUCCCAAUGCGCCAGGCCCUUUGUUGUCUGUACCGGUUUUUCCGAUGCGACAGAAAACAGAAAGAGGAGAUAUUCUUCUCGAUGUUCCGAGACUAUCUGAGAAGACGUGGAAUUCACCGGUUCGUUCCAGGUAGAACACUCGACGCACAGUGGAACUGGAUGAGAAGCACUGGCGAUCUUGUCUGGUCUCAUGUCCAUCGGGAUACCCAGUUCAACAUGGACGGAGAAUGGAAGGGCGUCAUCCAACGCAUCAAGGCCACAGCAGUCACUCUCCGUCUUCCUCUUCUCGAGAAGCGCGCAGAUGACAUUGACACGAGUCAAUGGGGGAAGCGAGUAGCAACGACCUUGGGACCGAGACCCAGAACUGAAUCCCCACUGCAGACGCCCCAGAGCGUGCCAUUCCCACUGCACCAGCGAAGCGAACAGGAAACAAGUCGCUUUUUCUCCGAAAGAGAUCAUCAAAGUAGUGAGAGUGACACAAUCUCUGUCGGCCACAAUCAAGAACGAACCGACCACCUGCAACAGACCGGCAACGUGGAACAGACCGAUCACCCGAGAAAUGGUGACUCGGUUGUUACUAGCCAUGGGAAGAUUUGUCUCUGGUGCGGCCACGGAUUGACUCUCGACGAGACAUAUGGUCCCGAUGACCAGAGCCUGCACACUCAUCCUGACCAAACCAAAGUCCAUGACCAAAGCCGACAGUCCCAGGGUCGGCACCAAGAGCACCAAGAUUGGGACCAGCAGGAUCAUCACCACGGACAACAACCCCAAGAUCAGCAUGAAGAACAACAGGAUCAACAGGAUCAACCACAAGACCAACUGCAAAAUCAACUGCAAAAUCAACUUGAAAAUCAACUGCAAAAUCAACUGCGAAAUCAACUGCAAGAACACCAAGGUUGGGCCCCGCACCAUCAUGAGCGAGGCCAACAGCACCCCCAUAGACAAGGCCAUCACCACGACCAUGAAACGGCCAUGCAAGGGGUCCCCGUCGACAAAAUGCCACCAUUGCUGUUUCGGUGGUCAAACCGUGACUCGCAAGGAGUCAACUCCAAGACCAUUUUCCUAGCCGGUCUUUUCUGCAACGGUGAAUGGUUCAACCCGGAAGACUUCUCCGAGGACCGAUUCGAAAGCUUCUUUCGGAGCCAUGUCACAAAGCAGGAGGUCGAGACCCCGUUUAUCUCGACAUUUCGCUCUCCAUUGGCACCACUUCACCGUGCCAUUGCUGGCCGAAAAGGUGCUAUACUGACGGUGAUUGACACCUCAAAGCUGGACACCAAAGUCUUUUAUGCGUGUCCGCUUGCAAUUCGAACAAGGACCCUAACCUACAGCUGGAAGGGUUACGGGGAGUACCUAAUCUGGGGCCGUGUCGCAACAGAUGCAAUUGCCUUCAGCGUGGAAAUUACAUGUGUCGAGGACAUCGCACAGUCCCACCGCGAUGUCGGUCGCUUGCUUCAGAUUCCACUUAUCCGCAGCGUUCCACGCUGCAAUCAGAAGCUGCGGGAGAUGUUGGCGGCAAAAAGGAAGUCGCCUUUUAAGUCUGGUAGGACACUUGGAAAGUUGUUGACUCUCCUUGAAGUUCCAACGAUCCACUGGGACAACAUAGCAUUUAGGUUCGCCAAAUCAUGGGGUUGGAUGUACAAGAAAGAAACUGCUCUGUUUCACAGCGGUCUGCGAAGUGCACCACCCUAUCUGCCCGAGGAGCUGUCAGAUUCGGAAAGUGAGGGCCCAUUGCCCGCACCUCAAAAGACACCUGGGAGGAUCCCCAAAAAGAUGCAUUUCCGAUCUGACUCUGCUUCCGAUGAUGAAAACUACGAACCGCCCGAAACCGACUACGACUCGGGAGAGACCUCUGAGUCGGAAGAUGUGGGUGAGUCUCCAUCUAUCUCAAUGGACGAUAUGACAGAGACAGCGGACGAUGGAAAUUUCUCGACUCAUGAAACGCUGUCAAGUGGGAUUUUCGAUGAGAAGGAUGGUCCUGAACAGUUCUCGGGCCAGGCACUGCAUAAAGAGGUGAUUGACCUCACCUCUGACAAUGAGGAAAGCAGUUCGCAGCGCGCACUGCAACGGGAGUGGCCCUCGGAUGAGGAAGCCUAUCCUGAUACACCCACAAAGGUGCGGUGGAAUACCGAGAAAAAGGCGACUCACCGUCUUGUACUCAAUGGACAUAUGGACAUGGACUUCUUUGAAAAAUUCCGGAAUUGGUCUUAG